AUGGAGAUACAGUGGCGUUUGUGGAAUAAGGACUGGGCCACCUUCAUAAGGCCGUGGAUACCUAUACUGUUGGGCCUUCAUCUCCAGUUCUCCCGGGCCUCCAACUGUCCCGAGGAGUGCCGCUGCGAUCGCACCUUUAUUUACUGCAACGAGCGGAGCCUGACCUCAGUGCCUCUGGGAAUCGGUGAGGGUUAUAAGACCCUCUACCUCCACAACAACCAAAUCAAUAAUGCUGGUUUUCCCCUGGAGCUCCACCAUGUGGCGUCUGUGGAAACUGUGUAUCUCUAUGGCAACCAGCUGGAUGAGUUCCCCAUUAACCUGCCCAAAAAUGUGAGGGUUGUCCACUUGCAGGAGAACAACAUUCAGACUAUCUCCAGAGUGGCUCUGGCUCAGCUUCUGUGGCUGGAGGAGCUGCAUCUGGACGAUAACUCCAUUUCUACAGUCGGGGUGGAGGAAGGCGCCUUCCGAGAGGCCGUGAGCCUGAAGAUGCUCUUCCUCACCAAAAACCACCUCAGCAGCGUGCCUAUCGGUCUUCCAGAUGAUCUAAAAGAACUGCGGCUGGAUGAGAACCGGAUCGCGGUUAUCGCAGAGGAGGCGUUUAGGAAUGUGACCCGGCUGGAGCGCCUCCUGCUGGACGGAAACCUGCUGACGGACGAAGGGAUUGCACCGGGGACCUUCCAGGACCUGGUCACUCUGAGGGAGCUGUCCCUGGCCCGCAACUCGCUCACGUAUCCUCCCCCAUUUCUCCCAGGGGAGGUGCUCGUCAAGUUAAACUUUCAGGAGAACCAGAUAAACCGGAUCCCCGUCAGAGCAUUCGCAGGGCUGCACAAGCUGGAGAGGCUGGAUAUCUCCAACAACCAGCUGCAGUCGUUAACAUGGGGGGUGUUUGACGGCCUCGUCAGUCUCAGACAGCUGACUGUCCGGAACAACCUUUGGCUGUGCGACUGUAGCAUCAAGUGGGUGGUGUCGUGGCUUAAAUCUCUGCCGGCCUCGCUCAACGUGCGCGGCUUCAUGUGCCAUAAACCUGAGAAGUUCCGGGGCAUGGUGAUCAGGGAGCUGAGCGCGGAGCUGGUCCAGUGCCCGCUGAGCACAGCAGAACCUCCCCUGUCCACCUCCGCUCUGAUCCCAUCCCUGUCAUCUUCCACACACUCCUCUUUAGUAACUCACUUUGUUUCCUCCUCCUCCUCCAGGCAACCCCUCCCCACAUUACCCACCCUCUACCCUAUCUAUACAACCAGAGAGGGGGGUUUGAGGACUAAGCAACCUCUGGAUCCCCGGAGGGAGACUGUGCAGGUCACAUUUGCAAUACUGAACGGCUCGGCUAUCCACGUCAGCUGGGUGGCCGCCUUUCCAGUCACUGCCUACAAGGUGACCUGGGCCAGGAUGGGCCCCAGUCUGACAGGGGACACCGUCAGGGAGAGGAUAGUGGGUGGAGAUCACCGGGGGAUCCGACUGGCUAAUCUUGAGCCAAAGUCCACCUAUCGGAUCUGCGUAAUUCCCUUGGACGCAUUCAAUAAUUACCGGCCCAAAGAUGACACCGUGUGCACCGAAGCCAUGACCACGCCGGCCCUGUUCAGCCCCGACAACAACAACAAAAGACCGUCAGGGCCCGAGCAGGCCACGCAGCAGGAGCCUAGCUCGCCUUUCUUGCUGGCCGGGCUGAUUGGCGGGGCCGUGAUCGUGGUGCUGGUGGCGCUCCUCAGCAUUUUCUGCUGGCACGUGCACAAGAAGAGCCGCUCCAAGUCUUCCACCAAGUGGAAAUACAACCGGGGUCGGAGAAAAGACGACUACUGCGAGGCGGGCACCAAGAAAGAUAACUCCAUCUUGGAAAUGACUGAGACCAGCUUCCAGAUAGUUUCGCUCAACAAUGAGCAGAUCCUCAAGGGAGAUUUCCGCAUUCAGCCUAUUUACACCCCUAAUGGGGGCAUCGGCUUCCGAGACUGCCCCCUGGGGAACAACAGCACAGUCUACUGCAAGAACAGUGUUCAGGACGCAGACUUGUGUCGCACAUGAUGGUUUUUGGA